AUGUUGGAGAGCCGGCCCAAGGCCGUGCUGGCCUUCCUUAGCAUAAUCAACCUCGUCAAUUACUGCGACCGCGGCGUCAUUCCCGGCGCGCCCAUCCAGUUUGGCUCGUUUGUCUCCUGCACGCUCGGCGUGGCGGCGUCGCAGCAGUCCGUGUACGUCGGCUUGAGCGUCUCCGCUUUUGUCGUGUGCUAUGCGAUCGCGUCGCCCAUCUGCGGGCAGCUGGUGCUCUCGCAGCCCGCCUUCCGCAUCCUCGGCAUCGGGCUCUCCAUCUGGGUUGCCGCGCUCCUCCUCUCUGGCCUCGCCUACUUUGCGGGCGACGCGCCGGGCGCCUUCCUGCUCUUCCUCGCCGGCCGCGCGCUCUCCGGGGUCGGCGAGGCGGCCUUCCAGUGCAUCGUGCCGCCCUACGUGGAGGACUUUGCGCCCGCGGCCUACAAGGGCCUCUGCCUCGCUCUCUUCUACACGGCCAUCCCGGUCGGCACUGCGAUCGGGUACGAGUUCGGCGCCCUGCUCGCAGAGGGGCCGGGCUGGGGGUGGGCCUUCCUCCUCGAGGCGGCGGCGAUGGCGCCCUUCGCAGCGCUCGCCUUUCGCCUCCCCCCCGCCUCGGCCCUCUCCGCGCGGCCGGCCGCCGCCGCCUCGCUGCUGGCCGCCGCGGCGCCGCUGCAGCAGCAGGAGGAGCCGCCGACCCCCUCCCCGCACGAGGCGGUGGCUGCUCUCUCCGCGCGGCCCGACGGCGCGGUCGGCGCCCCCGGCGGCAGCUGCGCCCCCGGCGGCCCGCGCGAGGCCGCGGUGACUCUCUGGGCGCAGCUCUCUCUCCUCCUCUCCUCGCCGUCGUACGUCUGCCUCGUGCUCGGGUACGCCGCCGAGACGGCGACCGUGAUCGGCAUCUCGACGUACGGGCCCGUCUUCCUGCUCGGCUUCGGCUCCUUCCACUCGCAGGCGGCCUGCUCCCUCGCCUUCGCCGGCGCCGUCUCGGUCGGGGGCGUGCUCGGCACGCCGCUCGGCGGCGUGCUCACCGAUACCGUCCUCUCGCGCGCCAAGCGAGCCGGCACGCCGCACAGCGCACAGCACGCGGCGGCGCGCGAGGCGGCCCUUGUGAGCGGCGUCAUCUGCCUGCUGAUGCUGUGCGGCCUCUUGUGCAUGGCGGCGGCCGCGGCGGUGGCGGCGACGCCCGAGCUGGUGACCCUCUUCCUCGUUCUGAUGUCGCUCGCCGUCUUCUUCAUCUACGGCACCUCGGCCGGCCUCAGCCGCGUCAUCAUGCUCACCGUGCCGAUGCAGACGCGCCCCUUCGCCCUCGCGCUCCAGACCCUCGGCCUCCACCUUUUUGGGGACGUGCCGUCGCCCGUCAUCAUCGGCGCCGUCAAGGACUCGCUCGCACCGCACUGCGGCAUUGUCUUUGGGAACGACACCGCCUCGGGCUGCGGCGGCGAGAGACCGCCCAGAGACCGCCCAGAGACCGCCCAGAGACCGCCCAGAGAGAGCCGAGGUGUGGCCGAGGUGUGGCCGAGGUGUGGCCGGCUUGCGGCGGCGCACACCCGCGCCGCAUCGGGCAGGAGACCGCCUCGCCGGAGCUCUGCCCCUUCCGCAUAGGCGCGGACCUCGGCCACCUCAACCCUCAGUGCGCCGCCUCUCCCGAGGACGUGCGCGGCCUGCACCUCACCAUCUGGAUCGCGGUGCUGUGGUCCAUCUGGGCGGUCGUGCUGUGGGCCGCAGCCUUCGGCUUGCUCCUGCGGCGAGCGAGGCGGAUCGGGGAGGGCGCGGCGGCGAGCGGGAGUGGCUGAUGCGCAGUGGGACUCACUCGGGCAGGGCGCCGGGCUGGGGCAGCAGAUGUGUGCAUCUCGAUGUGUGAACUGACACUUUUUGCCGUGUGUGCGGUGGGUGAGUAGUCACAUGCCGUCACCGCGGCCACACUGUCCCAUGCAGCAUGCAGUGUGUGAGACAGAGGGAGCGUGUCGCAGCGAGUCAUAUCUUAUAUACCUUUAUGGUG